AACUAUGGACACGUGCAGAAAAAGAGCUAUCAAAAAUAUUUAAAAAUGAGUAAAAAGAAACAGGAUUUUUGGCAAAAAUGUGAGAUAUGCGAUAGCUUAAUAUAUAUUAGACAUUUGGACGACCAYAAAGCAUUAUGUGAGGGCAAAGUUGUAGAAAAUUCGCAAGAAUGUUGUUAUAUCCAAGAUGGCGUCUUACAUGGUCGCGCACAAAAAAUUGACAACGGAGGRAAAAUGAUGGGAGACAGCAAAUUUCCAUUGCCGUCAAGACAAGAUGUUGUGUUGAUAAAUAUGAAUACUAUGAAAGUACUGAGAAUCGCAAUUGGUACUAAAGUACUUCUAAAGUCAUGUUCAAGACCAGCAGUUUGUAUUGCUUGGCCAUCACAUUCUCUCUCUCCUGAGUGUGUGGCAAUUUCAACAASCUGUCUUGAAAAUUGCAAGGUAGAGUCUGGUGGUAGUUUAGAAGUCAGUAAGCUGUCAAAUAUCAGCUUGCAUGCUUCAAAAGUUCAAUUACAACUAUGUAAAAAUGCAGAAUUCGAAAUCAACAAAAGUUUUGUGAACUACUGUUUGCAAGAGUUAGAUAGUCAAGUUGUGUUCACUGGGGAUGUUAUAAAGRUUACCUACUAUGGUCAAACUUUGGAUCUCCGUGUAAAGGACAUUUUAGGUCAUAAACCUUCAUCACAUGAAUUACAAGAUAGAAGGUGCAAAACUGAACUCUUAAGAGGCGCUUAUCAACAGGAUGAAACAACUAUUUCUUCCUUACAUGGAGAGUUUGAAUCUCUGUCUCUAUCAAAUAACUGUUCAAGAGAUGCUAUGAGAUUUGAUAAGAAUGACCAAGAAAACAAACUUGCUUUUUCUAAAGUUGACUAUUCACAUGAUAAUAAUGAGAAAACUGGUGCGGGUUUUCAAGAGAAUGACUUAUUAUUUUAUUACAUAUCUUGUGAUGAAACKUCUUUGAGCAUUCUGCCAUGUGGGACAAAAACCACAUCUGAAGAUUCAACGGAACGAAAAGUCACUUUUUGUUCAAUUGGUGGCCUGGCAACACAGAUAAAYGCCGUACGAGAAAUGGUCGAACUGCCUUUGAAACAUCCUGAAAUGUUUUCCCUUUAUGGUGUGCCACCAACACGUGGAGUUCUUCUAUAUGGUCCAUCAGGGACAGGAAAAACGAUGAUAGCACGUGCUGUUGCUAACGAAACUGGAGUACACUUUAUAUGUAUCAAUGGGCCUGACGUAUUGAGCAGGUACUACGGUGAGUCAGAAGCUCGACUGAGAGAAAUCUUUAGCGAAGCAGAAGAGCAAGCUCCAUCCAUUGUAUUCAUUGAUGAGAUCGACGCUCUAUGUCCACGUCGCGAUAAAGUGCAGAAUGAAUUCGAGAAAAGAGUUGUUGCAACGUUGCUGACAUUAAUGGAUGGUAUGGACAAGAGUACAUCAUUGGGUCACGUGAUGGUGCUUGCUGCAACCAAUCGUCCAGAUGCACUCGACCCAGCUCURCGCAGACCAGGUCGCUUUGACAGAGAAAUCGAAAUCGGGAUUCCUGAUGUGGCUGGAAGGCGUGACAUCAUCACAACAGUUCUUAGAAACGUUCCCCACAGUAUGAGUGAUGAGGACAUAACAAGGUUUUCUGAAACAUCCCAUGGAUACGUUGGAGCUGAUCUUUCAGCAGUUUGUAAAGAGGCCGGACUGUUGGCAUUUAAACGUUGCCUUGGUGAUAAUAUCCAGCAGAAUGAAUCCGCUGAUCAAGAGAUUCGUAGUAAACUGCAAGUGACUGCCGAUGAUAUGAAGUUAGCAUUUCGACAGGUUCGACCCAGCGCCAUGAGGGAGGUUUCCGUAGACGUACCAAAGGUUCAAUGGAGCGACGUCGGAGGCAACAAAAUUAUCAAACAGAAAUUGAAAGAAGCUGUUGAAUGGCCGCUAAAACACCCAGAGGCCUUUCGGCGUAUGGGCAUCAGGCCUCCUCGGGGCAUUUUGAUGUACGGUCCUCCUGGAUGUAGCAAGACAUUGAUCGCUAGAGCGUUGGCCACUGAAAGUGGUUUGAAUUUUAUAGCCAUCAAAGGACCUGAGCUGUUCAGUAAAUGGGUUGGCGAAUCUGAGCGAGCAGUGAGAGAGGUAUUCCGGAAAGCCCGAGCAGCAGCACCCUCUAUUAUCUUCUUCGACGAGAUUGAYGCUGUUGCUGUUCAGCGAGGUAACGAGGGAUCUCACGUAUCUGACAGAGUACUGACACAACUUCUGACUGAACUCGACGGYGUCGAAACGCUCAAAGAUGUCAUCUUAAUCGCCGCCACUAACAGACCAGACAUGAUUGAUAAAGCAAUGAUGAGACCUGGUCGACUGGAUAGAAUAAUUUACGUACCAUUACCUGACUGGGAUACACGAGARGACAUUCUUAAAAUACACUUGUCGCGGACUCCCUGUGGURAUGACGUCAGUAUUGAGGAUUURRGUGAAAGAACUGAGGGUUAUUCGGGAGCUGAGAUUGCUGCGGUKUGUAAAGAGRCGGCAUUAGCUGCUUUAGAGGAGAGUUUACAAGCUGAAGAAGUGCGAUGGAAACAUUUCGAGAAAGCUCUUGCAGCAGUCAAACCCCGAACUUCAUCUGAGASCAUUAAAUUUUAUGAUAGAUUUCAGAAACAGACUGGAAUUCAUGCAAUUUGAUAAAAGUUGCGGUAUUUCUUAUUCUUAUGAAAAAUGYUCGUCGGCAKCUCGCUGUAGACUGAAUGAACAAUAAUUUAACACAGCGAAUACGUGCUGACUUCGAUUGAAAUACAGUCCUUUCGAAAUGUAAUUAUUAGAAAUUAAAAUCGCCAAAAAAAACUCUACAAUAAACCUGAAUGCAUUGCCAGAAUUGAGGUUGUGAUGUCACAUCUUGCAAAUACCAAUUAAAAGGUUUGCGAAAUCUCUUGAUCUUCUUCACAAGAUGUGACAUUUAAAGAAUCAAUUAGAUAAAAACAUUAGAAUCAGUUUUAAUCUCAAAGUUAAAAAGCAGUUUUGACGUAAUAGUCGCUAUUUGUAUCUAUUYUGAUAUGUGCUUGAUCUAAAACCGCAAAUCCUGGUUCUCUCUAAUCAACUAGUUAUCAGGUUUCUGAACCUAACUCUGACGAUGAAUAUUCACACUUAAAAUCACAUCUAUUUUUUGUUGUG